AGAGCCUUACGCCCCGCAACCCAACCCAAGCCGCACUACACCCAACGCACCAAAUUUGAGUAGCAAAAGCUGCGAUAUCCUCACGCACGCGGUAAACUUACCUCCCUAGAGCCACUUGAACCUCGGCUCCUUCCUCCUCCUCCACGCUCUACUCUCUACACUAAACCCUUUCUCUCUCUCCUCCGCAUCCUCCUCCUCCUCCUCUCGCCAUGGACGCGGACAUGGAGAGCAACUACUCGGAGGAGGAGGAGGACGAGGAGGACUCCGAGAUCAGCGACUCCGAGCUCGACGACCACGAGGAGAAGAUCUACUUCAUGCUCAAGACGGGGAACCACCGCGUGCGCAACCCAGAUGGCUCCUUCCGAUGCCCAUUUUGCACGGGGAAGAAGAAGCAGCAGUAUACGUACAAGGACCUGCUCCAACACGCCACUGGUGUCGGCGCCUCCAACACGCACAAGCGCCGUGGCAAGGAGAAAGCCUUCCACCGCGCCUUCGCCCGCUUCCUCAAGACCGAUCUCGCCCCCAACGCUCCCCCCGCCGACGCCGCCGCCGCCGCCGCCGCCGCCGGAGUCGACGGCGAAGCCGGCGGCGAGGCCGGAGCCGGCCCCUCCCGGCCACCUCCGCCGCCCCCGGAGCUGGAGCAGCUGCCCCGCGCGCGCCCCGAGGACGUCGAGCUCUUCGUGUGGCCGUGGAUGGGCGUCCUCGUCAACGUCGGCGGCGACGGAGGCGCAAAUCUGAAGGAUCAGCUCUCCAACUUCAACCCUAGCGACGCAAUCGCUUUAGGAGAAGGUACGGCGAUCGUAAGAUUUAACAAGGAUUGGGGAGGGUUUAGGGAUGCCAUGGCGUUCGAGAACCAUUACAGGGCGAGUCGCUUCGGGAAGAAGGAGUGGGAACAGAGGGAUGGGGAUAAAGUAGGGUUUUACGGGUGGAUCUCUAGGGAUGAUGAUUACAACGGCGAGGACAUUAUUGCCCAGUAUCUGAAGCAGAAUGGGGAUCUGAAAACGGUGUCGGACGUGGCGAAAGCCGAGUCGAAGGAGACCGGGAAGAUCGUCGCCAUUCUCGCGAGCCAGAUCGAGAUCAAGAAUAAGUGCCUGCAAGAGUUGGAGACGAGGUACAAUGUAACUGCUCUGUCGAUGAGCCGGCUUGAGGCGGAUAAGAAGAAGCUCCAUGAUGCUUAUAAUGAAGAAAUGCGCAAUCUUCAGCGCAUGGCGCGGGAGAAUGCUCGAAGGAUUUUUGAGGAGAAUGAGAAACUGAGGCUAGAGUUGGAUGCAAAGAGAAAAGAACUAAAUUCGCGAUGCAAGCAACUAGACAAGUUAGAGGCUGAAAAUGACGGUGAGAAGAAACAACAGCUUGAUGAUGAGAAGCAAAAGACUGCAAUAGAGAACACUUCACGGGAGUUGCCAUCUAUGGUCCAAAAGAAGGCCGAUGAAGAUGUUCUGAAGCUUAUUGAAGCUCAGAAGAGGGAAAAAGAAGCUGCCAUCUCAAAAAUAAUAGAAUUGGAGAGGCAAUUGGAUCAAAAACAACAAUUGGAGCUGGAAAUAGAGCAGCUAAAUGGGACGCUUCGAGUGAUGAAGCAUUUGGAAGGAGAAGAUGAUGAAGAUAUCCAUGAAAAGAUGGAAAAUUUGAACGGCAAGUUGGAGAGCGAAAAGCUGCGUCUGGCAAAACUUAGUAUAGACCUCAUAAACAAGGAGCGCAAAAGCAAUGACGAGCUACAAGAAGCUCGAAAGGAAUUGAUUAUGGGUUUGGAUGACAUGCUGAGUGGCCGCACUAAUAUUGGAAUCAGAAGGAUGGGGGAACUUGAUGAAAAGCCUUUUCAAAAUGCAUGCAAGAGAAAAUAUCAAGAUGAAGAGGCUGCCAUUAAAGCUGCAGAGUUGUGCUCAAAUUGGCAAGAGGAACUCAAGAAACCCGCGUGGCAUCCAUACAAGAUCAUCGAGUGUGAUGGAGAAACUAAGGAAGUUGUUAAUGAACAAGAUCCAAAGUUGAAGGAACUGUGGUUCGAAUGGGGGGAUGAUGUCUACAAUGCGGUCAAAACAGCUUUGAUUGAGCUGAAUGAGUACAACGCUAGCGGAAGGUAUACAGUGCCUGAACUCUGGAACUACAAAGAAGGGCGGAAAGCAACUACGAAGGAAGUAAUCCGAUACAUAUUUGAGCAGUGGAAGAUCAAUAAGAGGAAGAGAUGACGAACCGGCUAUGAAUUGCCAGACAUGGCGUCGAAUGCCUCUACGUUUCUCAUCUAAUGUGGAGCAACUAUAUAUUGUACCUGGAUUUAAUGCUGUAUUAUAAGCUUUUGUAUCACUGUUGUAAGAGAACCAUUGCUGCUUUAGCAGCUCUUCCCUUGUUUCUGAAGUUGUUUAACAUCUAAAUGGUCUCUUGUCAUGUAGUUACAGUUAUUAGUUGCAGGGGGUAAAUUGCACUAGCAGCCCCAACUUUGUGUUUU